AUGUCCGCUCUCGCCCUACUAAGCAUGCUGCCGAGGGACGGCAAUUCGCUCUCCCCUCGAUUGACCAGCGAUGUCACACUCGAUAUUGACCCGCUGCCGACAGUCCAGCGGCGAGGUCUGAUUGCCGUUUCAAUCAUGGCAUUCCUCUCAUUCCUGGCCACCCUGACCCUGCUUUUAUUCAUUACAUACCGUUUGAUUUUCUGGAAGUCCAACUAUCAACGCUACAUCGGUUACAACCAGUACAUUAUUCUGAUCUACAACCUGGUCCUGGCUGAUUUCCAACAAUCGUUGGCCUUCUUGAUCUGUUUGAAGUGGAUCGUCACAGACAAAAUCAAGUCGGGUACAGCAGGAUGUUUCUUGCAAGGUCUCUGGCUGCAGAUCGGAGACCCCGGGUCUGGUCUGUUUGUGCUUGCCAUUGCCAUUCACACCUUUCUUCUCGUCGUUUGGGGACGCAAAAUGUCCUACAAGGUCUUCGUUACCUUCAUUUGCAGUAUUUGGGCCUUCGUCGCUCUGAUCGUCAUCAUUCCCCUCGGCAUGUAUGGAGCCGAUGUCUACGUCCCCUCCGGCGCCUGGUGCUGGAUCAACGAGGACUACGAGACCGUUCGUCUCUGGACUCACUACAUCUGGAUUUUCCUUGCUGAAUUCGGAACCGUCGUUCUCUAUGCUAUCAUGUACUUCUAUCUUCGUCGACAAAUCGCCGCCUCAUCCAUUCUCGGCAACAGCCAGCUCGAAAGUCUCAAGCGUCUCCGCCGUGUUGUCGGCUACAUGACCAUCUACCCGGUCGUCUACAUCAUUCUGUCUUUGCCCCUUGCCGCCGGACGUAUGGCUACUGCGAAUGGCAACACUCCUUCUGUCACCUUCUUCUGCUGUGCUGGUGCCAUUAUCACCAGCUCCGGCCUGGUCGACGUCGUUCUCUACACUCUUACCCGCCGCAACCUUAUCAUCGACUCGGAGCCCAGCCAGGACCGCUCCUACAACAAGUUCGCCAGCAGCAAAGGACACCGCGGCGAUACCCACUUGACCACCAUUACUGCCGCCGAACCCAAGUCCCGUAAGAUGGGCCUGCACGACGAAGACCUGGACCGCGACGGUUCCACCGACAACAUCGUGCAGCCGGGCGUCGAGAUGGGCCCCAUGGGAGGAAAGGUGUACCAAGAGACGACGAUCGAGAUCACCUCCGAGCCCGCGUACCCUGGCGAGGGCUCUAGUGAGCGGUCAAGUAAAGACGACUUCAAUGAAACUCCUUCACGGAUGUGGCGACGAUAA